AUCCGUAGGAAACAUAACAUACACACAUUGCGUUCCUUUCCAGUGUGUGUACUGUUUGUGUGUGUACGUGUGAGCUCAUAAUACUCAUCUGAGAGAGAGAGGGAGGGACAGACAGCAAGAACGAGAAGAAAGCCUGGCGACAGAAACCAAUCAGAGCGACAGCUCGCUGUAGACAUCGAUCGGGAUUUAUUUAUCGGACCGAAACCGCCAUCCGUCUGUCAAACAUUAACCUUCAAAAACCCCAGAGAAGCAUUAGGGCGUUUUGAAAUAUCGCCGACGACAUGGCUGAUUUCAGUAUUGAUCAGAACAACCUGCCUGGCGUUAAAGAGGUAUGCCGGGACUUUGCUGUGCUGGAGGACCACUGUCUGGCUCACAAUCUUCAAGAACAGGAAAUCGAAAGUCACUUGGCGAGCAACGUCCACAAGAGUCGUUUGGUACAGCAGGAUCUGCGUGUGGCCAAACGUCUGCAGGAGGAGGAAGACAAGAGGGCAAAAGCAGAGAGCAAGAAACAUCAUCAACACCUCGAACGCAUCGACAAUGAAAUAGCUCAGGAGAUUCAGGAACAACUGGUCCGGCAGGCUGAACAACUGAGGCAACAGGAGGAGAAAGAUGAGGCCAUCGCCCGCAAACUGCAGGAGCGGGAGAUGAAGGAGAGAAAACGUCAAAAACAGCCGGAACCAAACUUUGAAGACCCGUACUACGAAGACCAAGCCUCCCGACCUCCGCUGGACCCUCGACACCAGCAUCCCGGUUCUGUUUCUCCGGGUUAUAGAAAAGAAAGGUAUCGGGACCACAGUAGUAGCCGAUCCCCAUACGAUUCUCCCGACCCAGACAGAAAAAGAUAUCCCAAUAACGGUCAUGCUACCCGAAACAGAUAUCCAGAAUACGACCCGUCGGAAUCUGGAUUAUUGAGGCCUCCAGGAAGUCCAAGGAGGGGGAGGUACCCAGAGUACCAUUCACCCGAGCGACGACCAAAACAAUCAGAAGACUAUGCGAAAGAAAGAAACGGACCCCUAGAUCUCGAUUACAAAGAACCUCGCAGAAGGAAAAAACAGGAUUUGAUGGAAGAACCCAGAGAUGUCCAAGAACCUAUAGUGCGCAGAAAGGAAAAACCUACAAAAGAUUAUUCUGCUACACAGGAAAAAGAAAGGAAUAGGGAUAGAGAACGAGAAGGUAAUGGACAGAAAACCAAAGAAAGACCAAGGGAGAAAGACCACAGGGCAAGAAGUCGAGAUCGAAUGCUAAGCGGAGAUAGAGUUGAAGAAAGGGGCAGAAAUUUGGACAGGGAAAUGGACAGAAACGGCCAUGGACAGGGUAGCAGAGAUAGACACAGAGAAAGAGGCAGAAAUGGCAAUAGAGAGAGACACAAAAGCAGGGAGCCGGAACUUGACGAUUACAGUCUGGACCCAAGUAGAGGACGGUCAGAGGAAAGCCUGGAGUGGGAGGAUCACAAGAACAGACAAAGGCUACCAUCAGGUCCUAAUGAUGUGUUUGAGGAGCAAAAUCUUAGAGGUCCCUCAAAUGAGGGCCAUUCCUCAAGAGAAAGAGAGAGAGGCCGAAGGAUGCAUAGAGAGUAUGGAAUGACAGAAGCGACGCAUGGCUUGGCAAACUUGGACCUACAAGACCAGGAGUUGAUAGACUUGGAAGUGGCACGCAGGUUACAGGAAGAGGAAAUUAAGGCAAGCCAAAUUGACAAACACGCCGCACAAGUUGCUCAAGAUGAGGAAUUAGCCCGCCGGCUGAUGGAGGAAGAGAAAAAAGAAUACAAGAGAUCCCGAGACAAAGAUAAACAUGCCAUGGAGAAAAAACGACAUGAAAUGGAAUACAAGCCGAUGCAAGAGGAAGUCGUACGACCACGAACAAGAGAAGAAGUGUAUAGAGGUGAAGACGAGUACCAGAAACCAAGACAAAAUCACAAACCUGCAAGGCCACCUCCACCUCCACAUCACUACGAGAACAUAAACCCGAGCUACGCUUAUGUGGAGAGCCCCUACUCUCCUCGACCUCCAUCAAGACCAGAGGCGGCAUACAAAGGUGCCUAUUACAGACAGUGACCGUAAGCCUCCGCCGCUGUCCAAUCACAAGUCGUUCCUUGCGUUUGGCCUGUUACUUAGCGAAUCAAUGAAGGAGGAAAGGGUCAAAAACUGUUUGCGUGGCUUCCAGCAAAAAUCUACUGACACUUAAUUUUUUUCUUAAAGUUUCUCGGUCAGCUCAAUGUAUCAGGUGAGCUGAAUUUGUCUCUUUGUGUCGUGAAAGAGUCUUUUAUCUCGGAGUUAUGAACUACUGAGCGACGGGGAUGGUUCCUGUUCGCUUUUAUGAUGUGAUGUCUUAUUGUGGAUGACUGGACAGGAGGGAUCUACUGCACAGCUCUAUGAAACAGCCAAUUUGUUUGUCAUGCUACUGAAGAUCAACAUUUGUUUUCUAGCAAACUUUCUGAUUUCCAAGGAUGUUGUUUAAUCCAAAAUGUUGUAAAAUGAAGGAGAAUGUAUGCUUGAAUAUAUACAGCAUAGCUUUGUGCUAUAUAUUUAUUGAUUUGAGAGGAUAUAUUUUAAUAUUAUUUUCAAUUUGUCUUUAAAUGCUGAUUUGACCCUUUUAACAAGACUGUUACUUCAAACCAGUGAUCCAAUUCAUUGAGAAGAUCUACUUAAAUGCAAAGUUUAAAUAUCUCGAUUUAAUGCCAAUAUCUUGUUUAGCUUGUUAAUAUACUUUUCAUUGUAAUCGAAACUAGACAUUUCUAGACAGUAAGUCAAUUAAAACCGCAAAGUGAGGCUUGUCAGUCAUGUAGCCUUCACAUUUAUUUCUAAAGUAAGAAUACGAUCAAAGGUGAUUGGUUUUCAUCUUUUGGCAUCACUUCAUCGUCGUGCAUUAUUUGUGAGAGACUUUACGGAUGCUGUGGGCUCAAGAUGCCCAGCCUUCGAGUCCCUCUGGGAUAUUUUUCCUCUCACCUAGUGUCCAAAAAGUGCCAUCUCAUCUUAUCUACUCUGUAGGUGCUUAUAGCCCUACUGAUAGCUCCAGUGUUCAAGUGCAUGCUAGCUGAAUGUGAACUCUGUCUGUGGGGUUGAGUCUUUACAAAUCUUGUUAUUUGGAAUCAAAAACAGUGGCCACAAAAUACAGCUCUACUCAUGUUUUAUUUUUAUACAUUUUUAUUUAUAGUUUAAAAACAAUAAAAAGUUUAAACAGGCAUGUAGUAGCAUUGAUGUUGGUACAGUUGUAUACAUAGGUUUAUAAGCUUGCAUUUUCAUAUGCAGUAACCAGGGACAUCAAACUUAUCAGUAACAAACAAGUGUGACUCUAGCUAUCUGGCACUUUCCAUGAACGGGAUACAACAUGAGGCUUGAAACAGUACAAUUAAGCUUCAUUUUCUUUAUCAACAAAGGGUGAAUAAACAGAUGUGACUUGCUGUACGGCAACCUGGAAAGGUUAAGCUAAAUAUGAGCUGUUUAAUUUUAUAUGGUUUUGAAGUUUGCAAUUACAGUAUUCAAUAUUUCAAUAUUUUAGCAAUAAAUAAAUUCAUAAGGUAAAGAAUAUGUAACAUUUGCAGAUUAGUCAUCAUUUGUCUCCUAUUUCAAGUUCUCAAUUUUAAGGAGAAACAUCUCACCCCAAGUUAUUCAAAUGGAACCACUUAUUUAUUUAUUACUCUAUUUAUUUUAAACUUCUUCCUUUUUGAGUGUCUAGUGCAGGAUGGUGUUAUAAAAGUAUUUUACCAUGCAUCCACAUGGUUCCUUUGGAAAAAUGUAGUAGGACAACAAUUUGUACCCCGUUUAUUGAAAGUGCCAUCUGCAUAUCAGGACUUUAUUUAUAGGUACCUUACUGUUCAUAGUUGACAUUCCAUAUUUCCUGUCAAAUGUGUUUCAAAGGGAUUACAUUCCAUUGGAUAUUCCACACUUUGCUUUUGGGAAUGGGAAUAUGAUUGUGUGGGCUACAAGUUGCAUACUGUACAUAUAAACCUGAAGACAGCAGCUACUUUUGUAUCGCAUUAGUGCCUCUAUAAGACCAGUGUUGGGUCGCUAGUGCUGAAAACGCUAACAUCUUACGCUCUCGAGAAUGGCGAUAUGCUUGUUUUGUGUUUGUGCAUUCCAACGAAAGGCAUGGCCAGUAAACUUUUAACAUGUAUUGAGUUGCCAUGCUGCUAUGCUUAAACAUGUGGUGUUUAAUGAACCUUUUUUUUGUGAAAUUGUAUUGCUGACUCAGUUUUGAAUCACUUUAAGUGUGUGUGUGUCUUAGUGAUGAAUGUGCAUAUAUUGCUCUCUAGUGCUGUGUCAAUCUAGUGCAUAUCAUGAUGUGCACUGUAGAUAGUGUUGAACCUGUGCCAACUGUUCAACUUUCAGGGAUGAAAGUAUUGCUGACAAAAUGCUUUGUCAUCUAAAGAACAAUAUCUGGUUUACAAAUGUUUUGUCUGAAUCUGUAACAUGAUCUU